CAGAAAAAGACGCGGGAGAGUGCGCGAGAGGAAGAGAGAGGAUCGAGAAGAGUGCACGGAGCGCAGGGGGCGGGCGGGGGCCGACCCUGCGCGCAGCUUCCCCAGUACACCCCGAAGAUUCAGUCGUCGUGCGGCAGAGGACCGAGGAACGCCCGGUCGAAACACGCUGCUCCUCGCUUUGGACCCUCGUCGUCUCUUUUCCCACCCUCCCCAGUGUCUCCCUCUCCGUCGGUCGGACGCACGCUCGUUUCAUCCCCUCGGUACGUGGUGCGUGGCCACUGCCAGUGAAAACGAAGCUGCGAGAGCUCUGUGUGUCGUCGACGUCCCGGUGCACGGAGGGAAGCUGCUAACUCGACCACGGUAAAAUCACGGAACGGGUGACCCUAACGCAGCCUCGAAAGCCCGGUAGUUCGAUGUCGGAGUGCAUGGCGACCUGGGCCUCUUCGUCGUGUGUAUACCCGCCGUACUCGCGACGUAUCCGAACCUCGACGCCGGUCGAGGCUCGCCAGCCACCCUCGACUCUUUACCUGCGCCUACACCGCUGUCACCGUUCCUCCCUCGUUCCCGUCGCGGCGAAGGGUGGGUAGAACGAUAUACUGCCGGCCGCGUACCUCGUCGCAGUGGUGGUUUGUGCUGGUGGUGGUGCGGUGGUGCGGUGGUGGUGUUGCUCGUGGGUAGUGACGGUUUAAAUUUCAGCCGCGUGCUCGGGUUCGCGUACGUGAGAGCCAUUACACGGAUCCUCGGUCCUCGUUGACCGGCUGCAGCCUCGAGGACGCGAGUUUCCAUCGCGAGCGACCGUGUUUUCUUUCACCCCCGUGGUGCGCGACGCGACGGACGAGGACACGUCGUCCGUUCUUCCCAAGAGAAUCCCCCAGAAUCUACCACCGUAUGGAUUCUCGCGUGCGUGUACGUACGCUCCUCCUCGUCAAGAUCCCCCGUCCCUGCGACUGUGUGCGUCUUCGUAAGGGCGAUCUGCGUGCCAGGCUUCGAUCGAGCCGACUGAAAACCGAGAAACGAGAAGAGUACGCGCACGAUGCCAGCCGGAGACGAUCCGAAGGGUAGAACGCAGCCUGGAGCUAGUGGAACGUCAUCAACGUCGUCGUCGUCGUCGUCGUCGUCGUCGUCGUCGUUGUCGUCGGACCGAUACUCACGAGACGAGUGGUGGUGAAUGUUGACUAAAACGACGAUCGAGAAACCGGCGCGGAGAGCAACGCGAGCCACGUCGACCGCUUGACUCAUCGACGUCGACAGGACCCGGGGCACGGAUUCGAUCAUCGUUCGCAACGAGCUUCGACGUUGUGCGUGACGAACGACGCCGGGGGAAACGUACGGGAAAAGUACACGGCCGCCAGUCUUAACCCGUAAAUAGCCGGUUUCGUAAUUCCCGUCACGUGGAGCCGAUAUCCCUUAAGUGUCGUUGUGUAUACGUUCCUGCGCCGUAAACUUUUCCAACGUCGCGCGAAUCCUAGACGGAAAGAGCAACGACGACGACGUGAAACGCCGCGCGAGAGGCGACGCGACGCGUCCUCGAGGGAAACCAGGAGGGAACGGUUGAAGGAAGACGUUCGAGGAGGAGCCUAAUGUUUCUCAACGACAUGGGGCUGUUAAUGUUCUUAGCAGUAACGGCGUCCCUUUUGGGCUACUGCCAAACGGAUGAAAAAGUGUCAUUUUACGGGGCCAGCUACAUUCAUCUUCCGGUCCAGGAAGCCAAGGGUGCGACCGACAUCAGCUUCCGGUUCCGAACCCAUCUCGCGGACGCGAUGCUGCUAUUGGCCGCUGGCAAGACGGAUUACUGCCUGAUCAAACUCGAAGCCGGCAGAUUGAAGGUUCACAUCAAUCUGGGCGCAGGUGAAAGCGAGAUGGCCAGCACCCGCGGGCUGACCCUGAACGACCUGAGCUGGCACGAGGUCAACCUGACCAGACGGGACGCUAACAUCACGCUGCAGAUCGACGUAAUACACACGACGAGAGCACUUCUGCCUGGACAUUUCUUUGAGCUCAACAUACACUACGGCGUCUUCAUCGGUGGGCAGGGUGACUUCAACGAGCUAUUUCUAGGUCACACGGAUUACUUGCGGGGCUGCAUGGCCGACAUAAUCUACAACGGCGCCAGAGUAAUAGAACACGCGAAGUCGAGGAAGGGCCAGUCGGAGGCCACGGCCGUAACGUGGGGCUGCUCGCCGGAAUUCGACGCCACCAGGAGCACGGAAGUCAGCUUCGUGGAGGACGGCGCGUUCACGGCGAUCCCGAGGCCCAUUCCGCGCUCAGGCUCGAGAUGGGAGUUCGAGCUGAAGACCGGAGCUGAGACCGGUCUGCUUCUCUACAACACCGGGCAAUCAUCGUACGCCGAUUACCUCGGGAUCGAGUUGUUCGAGGGUAAAAUUCGUCUUCUGAUGAACAAAGGGAACGGACCGACGGAGUUGAUACACGGCACGCCGGUGGCGGACGGCAAAUGGCAUCGCGUGGUCGUUGAUUUCAAUCCGAGCGGAAUCGGGAUCGCCGUGGACCGACAGGAAAAAACGAUCACGUUGCCGUCGGGCGGAAAUCGUUACCUCGACCUGGCGGACACCCUCUACGUGGGCGGCACGGAGCUGAACAAACGCGCCAAAGCGUUAGGGAAAGGCCUCAAGUCCGGGGACGUCAGCUACAAGGGUUGCCUGCGAAACAUGCUGCUGGACAACAAGAAACUCGGUCUGCCCGACGUCAAGAUCAGCCAGGGCAUCGUGGUCGGCUGUGUUUGGGGAUAUCCGUGCAUCGAGGCUGUCCCCUGCGUUUCUGCCGCAAUUUGCUCCCAGCUGGGCGUUAGCUCGUUCAAGUGCGACUGCGACCAACCGUUGUGCAUCGAGCCGAACUACGUCGCGGAUUACAAGGUUUAUUCGAAGAUGAAUUUACCCGUGAACCUGGAGAUCCUCUCGCUGAGUCCUCUGGUGGUAUCCGAGGGGAAACACGUACUGGUGACGAGUGAUAACAUUGCCAUGGUGUUAGACAUCGCUAAAUACGGGGUGGAAGAGGACGGUGUUAUCUUCACCUUGGUAACACCGCCCACCUAUGGAACCUUAAUCCUGAAUCUCUUGACGACCAGAACCGAGCAUUCCUUCACUCUCCAAGACGUUAAUCGCGAUAAGAUUCAAUACGCGCACGACGGCAGCGAAACCACAGAGGACAGUAUGAUCAUGGAAGUGACACUGGUGCCAGGAACCGGUUACACGUUGCCUGGCUACCUCCAAGGACGACUAAGGUUUCCGCUUCACGUCAACGUGACGCCCGUUAAUGAUCCGCCAUUGCUCGACAUAUCGACCGCGAAAGUGCUGCGUCUGGCUCAAGGCACAAGGAAAAUUUUGACGAAAGAGUUGAUAUGGGCUAUCGACGCCGACACGCCAUCGGACAUGUUGGUUUACACGGUCUUGCAUACCGGACGGUCUUACGAUGCAGACGCCGGCUACGUCGAGAGGGUGACUUAUCCGUCGCGGCCCAUCGACACGUUUACCCAGGCGGAAUUAACGCAAGGAUUAAUUGCCUACGUGCACCGUGGAAACGCGAAGCCGAACGCGAAACUGGACCUCCAGGUCAGCGACGGGAUAGAAAGGAGCAAGCCGGCGAGCUUGAGGGUAGCGGCCCAUCCCUUGGAGAUCAAGCUAAUGCACAACACGGGUCUGGUCGUAGUGCACCGAUCCUUCUCGUAUCUGACACCUGCGAACCUAUCCUUCGCCACCAACUCCGACGACAACACUAUCGACAUAUGUUACGACGUCGUCUCGCCGCCCCAAUACGGCGCUAUUCAGAAGCUGAAGGACGUCUCCGGCAGCUGGACGAACGUGGAUCGUUUCACGAGCAAGGACGUAGAGCUGAACACCGUCCGCUACCUCCACAACGAGGGUAGCCCCAAUCAGGACGAGUUCAAAUUUCAAGUAAGCGUCAGGGAAGUCAGGACAUCGCACACCUACGACUUUCGUGUCACCUUCAUCGAUCUCGAGCUGAAGCAAACCAAGAAGGUGCCCGUUAAUUUCACCAACGUCGCCGAGGUGGCAGUCACCGGACAAAACCUCAGAUACCAAACGAACCCGCUGGUGACCGCGUUCAACAAGAUCGUCUUCACCGUGAAGACGGGGCCACGGUACGGUAACCUGUUCCUGUCGAGUCAGAGACUGAACGUCGGGGACCAGUUCACUCAGGAAGACGUCGACUCCGGCAGGCUCAAGUAUCGUCUGUUCAAAAGGGCCUACUCAACGAUCGUCGACGAGUUCGGUUUCAAAGUGAGCGCGCCGCAGUGCGUCGAUUUGCACACAAGCCUAAGGCUCAGGCACUACCUCAGCAAGAACGUAAAGCCAUUGGACAGUUUGGAGGUGCUCCAAGUGGACGAAGGCUCGAGGGAACUGGUGAGAAUUCAAAAGACGAAUCUAAAGGACUACGGGGUCGCUUCGUUGAUGUACAAUCUGACGAUGGAACCUCGCCACGGCUGGUUGACCGUCACGAACAACUCAAAGGCUCACACGCGAAACGACACCCUCUACUUUUCGUCCGAGGAGCUGGCCUCGCACAGGGUCUACUACGUUCACGACGACUCGGAGACGCGGAAGGAUUCGUUCCAGUUCGUGGCCGUGGCCGUGGACGCUGUAGACUUCAUGUACGUCGGUAUAUUUCGCGUCGAGGUGACGAUGAAGAACGACAACGCGCCGGAACGCGUGGUGAAUAGGGUGUUCCACGUUGUAUCGAAAGGCGAGAGGUUGCUCACCAGCAAGGACCUGGCGUACAUGGACAAGGACGUCGACACCAAGCCCAGCGAGCUGAUCUACACGAGACGAGACACUCAGAGGUACGAGAUCUACAGGGUGUCCAAUCCCUCGGUGCAGAUCCACGAGUUCAGUCAGCAGGACAUCGAUGACGGACAGAUACUGUUCAAGCACCAGGGCGAGGAUCACGGCAAGUUCGAGUUCGGCGUCACCGAUGGACAUUUUUACACGGCUGGCGUCCUAGAGGUUCAGGCCAGUUCGCCUUACGUGAGGCUGAAGGAGAGCAAUGGGUCCGUGGUGCAGUUCAAUCGAUCGGUGACCCUCGGCCCGGACGAGCUGGACAUAGAAACGAACGUGUACACGACUGAGAAGAACAUCAAGUACGUGGUGCUGGAGAAACCGAAACACGGGAUACUGCUUAAACACGGCAACGAAGCGAACACCUUCACCGAGGAGGACCUGCGACACGGUAUAAUGGCGUACAAACAUCUGGGUGGGUCGUUGGUGAAGGACGACUUCAAGUUCAAGGUGUCGACGAAAGGCGCCGAAACGGACGGCGUCUUUCCGAUCAAGAUCUACCCUGAAAGCUACUGGCAACCCCUGAUCGUUCAGAAUAAUAAAACGGUGUUCGUAGAAGAGGCGACGAGCGUCCUGUUGAACAGAAAGAGCUUCGAAAUCAUGCAUCCCAAGAUACCAGACUCCGAAAUAGUUUACUUCCUGAAGGAGUGGCCGCAGAACGGGUACUUGGAGCUGCAGACUCACGACGAGCACAGCGACGAAACUCGAGAGGACUACAUUGGUAACGCAGUCAAGUCGUUCGACCAGAAGAUGGUGAACGAGGGGAGAGUUUUCUACGUGCAGUCGGUGAUAAACCAGACCAACGACAAGUUCGUCGUCGACGCGACGAACGGGAUAACGUGGCUGCGCGACCUGAGCGUGAACUUCGUGAUCGUCCCAGAGAAGCUGUACGUCGAGGCGAAAGGUCUCGUCGUGGUCGAAGGGAAGAGUGCCACGCUACACGAGAAGAACUUCUCGAUCCUCACUCCCUACUACUCUGGCAAGGUGACGGACUAUCGGGUCACCGAGAAACCGAGGCACGGUACCGUUCUAGAUACAACGAAGAACGCUCCAGUGAAGAAAUUCUCGCAGAAACACCUAAUCGCGAACAUAAUAUCGUACAAGCAUAACGGCGACGAGACCUCCAAAGACUCGUUCAAGAUGGUCCUUGUCGCGGGGGACAAAGCCAGCGAGCCCUUCGACGUUUGGGUGACGGUGGAACCCGUUAACGACGAGCUGUCUGUGCUGGUCAACAGGACAAAAUUAACAGUCUGGCAGGGUGGUUCGAUCGUCUUGACCCCAGAUAGUCUGGCAGCCGUUGAUAACGACACGACAGCGCGGGAGUUGACGUUCAACGUCACCGGAGUUAGAAACGGAUUUAUAUCAACCACGUCCUCUCCGGAGGUGGACGUUUACAAUUUCACCCAGGAACAGAUUGACCAGUCGAAGAUCAUUUUCACACACACGAAUGGAUCCGAUGCUGAGUUCAAUUUCGUUCUAAACGACGGGGUGCACACGUCCGAGCCUUACACGAUAUCGGUAGCCACCAAGCCGAUUCGAUUGUCCAUUGAACACAACGCCGCGUUGAACGUCUUCCCGCUAACUAGAAAACUGAUAUCGGAUAAGUUGUUGAUGACCAAGUGCUCGGACCAAGCGCGAGAAAUUAAGUACACGGUGCGCAACGGGCCGCAUCUAGGAAAAAUAAUCAUGGAGACGAGCGAGGGCGCGUGGCUGAAUGUCGACCGAUUCUCCCAACGAGAUAUCAACGGGAGCAAAGUAUUCUACGAGCACACUAAACAGUUCAUGGACUUGGCCGCCAACGAUUCGUUCACGUUCGACGUGGAAGCGCACUUCGCGGAAUCCUUGACCAACCAGGUGUUUCAGAUAGACAUCUCCGUGUCCAGUGGCGGUCUUGACAGGUACAUCUCCGCGAAGAACGUGAGAGUCGAGGAAGGAGGCUCCGCUCAAGUGAUCAUGAACAUCAGUGGAAUCGUGUCGUUCCUCCAAACCCACGCUGGCAUCGAGAACCCGGCCGUGCUCUCGAGACUGGUCAGCCAACCCAGUCACGGUCACGUAAUGAUCGUUCCAGACUUGAACGUGACCACGUUCUCUCAGCCUCAGAUCGAGGGUGGAAAGAUCGCGUAUUACCACGAUCACUCGGAUACUUUGGAAGAUCGUAUCUACUUCUCCCUUUACCUGACGCCUGGUCAUAUCCUCCUGUGCAACACCAGCGUGUCGGUGAUCGUCGAGCCUGUAAACGACGAGCCAUUCAAGCUGACCACGAAGGAUCCGUCCAUCACGGUGGUGCAGAAUCAGAAUCAAACGAUAGCGAGGGAAAAUCUGUUGACGAACGACCCUGACACUCCACCGGAAGAGAUAGUGUACGACGUGAUAUCGGGGCCUACUUACGGCCGUCUGUUACUGCUGCCCUUCAACGAGAACAUCUCGGAGGUGCGUCAAGUGAACAAGUUCACUCAGCACGACGUCGACUCGAACCGACUGGUAUACGAGCACAACGGACCCCUUCAGACAGCCUCGUUCUACUUCCGCGUAUGGGACGGUCGUUUCAACCCGACGUACAAGGUCUUCAACGUCUACGUUUUACCGAUCAGGUUGAACGUCACCGUUCCCGGGCCGGUGAACUUGCAGCAAGGCUCGAACGUCGCACUGAUAUCCGAGAGCACCGUGAAUCUCGACACGAACGCCAGACAGGACCUGGUAGUCUACGAAAUCACUAGCAAGCCAAAGUACGGUGUGCUGUACGUGAGGGACGGGGCGUCCGCCAGUUUCAAGCAGACCGACCUGUUGUCCAAGAGCGUGAUGUUCAUGCAAACGGACAUGACCGUGUCGAACGACAGCCUCGAGCUCACCGCCCGGUUGAGCGGGUUCGAGCAAAAGCACAUAAGAAUCGAGAUCAGAGUGGUGCCGCUGAUGAUCAUGAAUCCCAUGAUCGCUUUAGCCGGGGAGAAGACUCGAAUAACUCUGAAGCACAUGGACGCCACCCCGCUGGCGAAGCUGACCAACAGCAACCCCGUGUACACCGUCGCCAGGAAACCAAGGUUCGGUAGGGUGAAGAGGAUCAUCAGAAGCUCGUCGUCGUCUGGCGAGAAACGGGGAACCAGGGAGAAGGAGGUGGUCAGGUUCUCCCAUCAGGAAGUGGUUUCAGGUGUGAUCUACAUGGUGUGCAAAAAAAUUUCGACGUUGGAGUACGAAGGCGUCGUCGACAGUUUCGCGUUCGUCCUGGCUGCCUCGAUCUUCCAGCCAGCCGUGGGCGAAUUCGAGUUCCGCGUGAAACUGGACAUGGACGAGAACAACACCACUUUGGGGGGCCCGAUGGACCCCGUGGGUCACGAGGGUGAAAUGGCGAUCGCGCCGAACAUGAGCAACGACUACUUGCCACUUCUCGGUAUGCUUCUCGGCGUGUUCCUGCUCGGGGUGCUCGUGAUCGUCACCAUCAGGUGCAGGCACAACAGGUACAAGCACGCCGAGGAGGAGAAACCGGAAACCACGCCAGCGGUAGGCGUGAUGCCUCUUCCUAGACCACCCGAUCACUUGAUGCCAGCGACACCCCAUUUGAAACGCUUCGCGAACGAUCACAACAGCGUGGCCGCUAGUACACCGUUGCCCGUGUUACCUACGAUGACGUCGACCCUACCUCAAUGCAAAGUGAUACCUCUGAGCCCUCUGGAAAGCAUCACGGGCUCGGAAGUGGACGUUUCGGCCAGGUAUCCUUACGGCGUCGCGGACGGCGACGAAUGGAGCAGCUUCGACACGUCGGCGGAUCUACCCUGCCAGUCAGCCACCGCCCAGAGGGCCAACAAUCCCAUGCUGAGAAGAAAUCAAUACUGGGUCUAGCAGAAGGAAGGCUGUUCGCGUUUCACGCGAAUCAAGCCGUAACACAUACUCCAAUUCUGAAAGACUGUACUUUUAUUACGAACUACUUCGAGACUGGUCGUCGAUCGCUAUGGUUCUAAUGUGCCUAAUGAGCAGUGGACUCUGCGAACGCGAGGGUAUACCAAAAACCCCUCGAGUUUAUAACGGAACCUUGACGGAAACUCUUUCUCCCGGCGCGCCGUGUGCUGAUACGGACACCUUUACAUAAAAUGUGCCAAACAUUUUAUACUACUCGCGAGGUAUCGUCGAGAUCGAACGCUGUCGAGUCGAGGAUCGGAGUUUCCAUCAAAUCUCUUCGUUUUCUUUCUUUUUGUACGUCAUAGACUCCGCCUGGAACACUAACUACACACACGCAUGAAAUUAAUAAUAACAUACGUACAGCGAGAAGCGUAACCGAACCAAUAAUAGAACGUUUCGUAAAAACGAUCGUUUAUCGUCGUACGCCGGAGGUGAUAAUAGAAAUAAACGUAACUAAUGUACCCGCUAGCGAUCGUCGUUAUUUAAUAUUUCUAGAGAUCUUUCGAAUGUAAAACAGCGUUGAUACGUAUCGAUAUACUUUCUAUAAAAUUGAAAUAAAUUUAUAUCUAUGUACAUACAUAAGUUUGUUAUUUCUUACAUUGUUCUUCGUAACUCGAUGUGCAGUAAACCGAAUGCUGUAGCUCUAUUAAAAAAUUCACGCGUAAAGAGCUCUCGGGGGAUGUAGAAGAUUUAGUGGAAAUUGUAUUAUUCCAAUUGUUUAUUGUUCGCGAAGAUAGACGAUAUUUUCUAAGAAACGUACGGUUAUCGGUUCCUGUAUGUUCAUCGCUGUACGUUUUACGUGAUCUAUAACGAAGUAUAUCGCGGUGUCUCGCGACUAUAGUCUCGCGUACUAUAGUCUCCUCGUGAAAUUAGGGGGAACUACAGUCGAAACGAAAUCAAAAUCACUUUCUCGACCGUGAAUCGCGCCAUGCGCGUCUCCUACUUACCUGAAGAACCGACAGAUGGCGCACGGAUGCACCGGUGGUUUGUUUUGUAUUUUUAUAGCGCUUAUAAAGCUACUUUAUUCGUCCGCAUCUAUUUUUCUGAUACUUUUUCUUAAAAGAGACCUCUUUUUCCUUUACCAUCUUAUUUUUUCCAUUACUUAUCUCACGCCACAGGCUUUCGAUACUUUUUAUAUUUAGCCAUACCUCGAAAAACUGGGCCGGACGUCCGGAAUUCGAACCCGUGAUAAUCCGCCCCCGCACGGAUGCAGCGAUGUCCUUGGCGAACUAGUCUUCGCACUUUAAUCAAAAAAUUCAAUAAAUAACCAUUUGAUCUCGUUCCGACUUUAGUCUCGCUAAAUACAAAGGGAUACAAAGUCAAAGACUAUCGUCGCUAUUACGGAUCGAAUGUGCCUAAAGAGAUUACCGAGUCUUGUAAGAGUAUUCGCCACGAGGCCUGCACGACGUCGACUUUUACGAUAUCUUUCCUCUUGGUUAGACGUCGACUUGAAACGAUCUUCUGACCACAUCGAUCGGUAUGUUUCCACUCCUUCGGUAUUCCAUAAUGGUACAUCUCGCACGAUCCAACGAUUCAUUAUAAACGAGGGCCAACGUCAUACACGGAGAUCGCUUGGGUAACGAAAGUAUUCGGACAAUGAAUUCAAUUGCCAAGACGACGAUAUUCUUUUCUCAAAUUCUUGCCAACCUAGAAAUACGACAAAUAUUUUCUUAUACCCUGUACAUAGUGUAUAGAUUAUCGUUUCUUUUUAAUACCGAAUAAUUUCUUAAGGCAUACAUCGAUCACCGUUACCUUCGAUGCAGUAAUUUCCAAACUUUCUGAAAGGCGCACCCUUCCUCUCCCUCGUUAUUAUGUUUACUAUCCGUAACACAAAAUUUAUGUAACAUAGAUGCAUCGCUUUCUCGUACUAAAAACUGAAAGAUGGGAACAUUUAUUGAUACAAGAGAAACGUAUUCCUGUAGUUUUUAAGCUCCAACGAUAAAUGUAUCGAACUGUAUUUUCUUUCCUACCCCUUCUUAGAUCACACAGUCUCCCCUCUCGCCAGAAAACGCUGCCCCCGGUUUGGAAAACACUGCUUGAAUCUUUACCGAGACGUAACGUUCGCAAACUAAUCGAACGAAUUCUAGGUCAUCGUGAAUUAUAUCGUGGAUGCCUCCGCACGAAUAACAAGAAGGAACUUGCAUCCACGGAGAUACAAUAUCUCUAUGGUUGUAUCGCGUAGGAACGAUUGCAACAAUUGAAUAAAUUAGUAAACGACGAAUCGAAACGUACGUCACUGUCCGAGCGUUUCCGUUACUCGCACGAACUCGAGAAGAAUGCCGAGAGUGUUUGCAAACAGUAUCGGGCGCCAAAUACUAUACAUAGUUACCUAAACAUUUGUAUAAAGUGACUACAAAGAGAACUGAGUAUUUCAGAUUUAUAUACACACAUACGUAACACACGAGAACUGUAUAGAAAUUAUCAGCGACUUUUAUAAUUGCGUAAACGUGGGUGUUUGGUGCAUGCGGUACAACAAGGAACACUUCGAGUUUCGCACAUAUCUUUUUACACCUUUCCCGCGUGUUUCUACUGACUCGCGUCGUACCAGCAUCGACCUAUCGAAUUCUCUUUAAAUUUCGACGAGCCCGCCGAACUCUACUGAUAUGCUACAGUUCAGUGGGCGAGCCUAAUCUGCGUUCGUUUCCGUUACGCGAUUCUUAUCCGUCGGACUGAAAAAUUAUUCACAAGUCCCAGCGAAGAUGUACAUAACCGCAUGCGUAUGCUCGUUCGUGAUUUCCGUUGAAGAACUUGAAUCGAGGAUGCCAAAAAUGACUCUGUACGCACUCGUCGAGCUGCGUGCUUCUUUUUCAACAUGCUUGUUACGCGCGACGUUGCCUUUCGCUUAUCAGAAACCAGAGAUGGGCAAAAUUCUUCUCCGCGGUUCGUUCACGAGGGAGAUAAAAAACGAGGCAAACAGUCCAUGUAACUGCGACAGGCCUGGAACGAUCUAUACAAGUUAUCCAUUUACAAAUAGUAACGAUUUAACAAAUCUACGUGCGCUAUAUCAACAAGAGAGAACAAAUAAAGUAUCCGGCAUCGUAACCUCAGAACCAACGAGAUCUUCUCCGUGAACGGAUAGUAGACA